AUAAAAUACAUCAAGAGUUGAAAGACUUUGUUGAUGUGCUUUGUCAUCAAAAUUUCGGGAUCAGUAAACCAGGUAGCACACAAAAUCUUUUGGCAAAACACGUACUUUGCAAAAGUUUGUACGCAAAAACUAUUAAGAUUGGUACUAAUAGGAAUAAUAAUUGGACAUAUUGGACAACGGAUGAUAAUUAUCGUAUUGUUCUUAAAAAUGCUGGUGAUAAAGGCAAUGUAAAAUGUGGCCCACCUGGAAGUACAAAUCAAGUUUGGCUUCUUCGAGGCUCGGAAGAUAAAGAAGGUCUCGUCUCCAUUCUCAGCAUUCAGCAUGAUAAACGUCAACCCCUUGCGGUUACAUAUGAUCCGGAUGCUCAACUGGCUUCCAAAAAAUUCUCGGUUAGACCGUUCGUCCCCUAUGAUGUAACACAAUUAUUCAAAUUCGCUCCUCCUAAACUUUCUCAACCACAAGGAAACAACAAUAAUUAUACUUUUCAGUCCACUAUAGAUAACCAAUAUAUUAGUUUUAAUAAUACAACCCUUUCUGCUACUGAUGAUAUCAAAAUUGGAUUAACUACACAUGGUUUAGAUUCUUAUAGAUAUUUUCAUGGUCGUUGUACUCCUGAAGAAUGGACUGAAUAUUGCUGGAUGCCACAAGUUCGUACUGAUGAAACUCCUGGAGAUUGGAAAUCGCGAAUUUGGACUCGUUUGAUGUAUUUUAGAGAAAAUGAUCUUUUUCCAGGUGAAAGCAAUAAAUAUCUAGAAGCUAGUAGACCGAAAAAAUUAUCAGAUGGAACUUUGUAUGCUCCUACGAUAGGAAUAGCAAUCUGUAUGGAGAAGCAUUGGAAAUUCUCUUGUUCUGGAAAUGAAUUCUGCAGUGUAAGUUAUGAAGAAUAUACAAAAAUUAAACAAAAACCUAAAUCUGCUCCUUAUAGUUUUGAAGAUAAGUAUGCAUUUCAUCGUUAUAAAUUGUGGAUGGAAAAUGCAACUAAAAGACUUAAUGUGGAACGUUUAAAAUCAGAUAAAUCAAUUGUUGGAGGUAAUGAGCCUCAAGAAAACGUUUCUAAAGUAUCUAAUAUUCUAGUUGAUAAUAAAUCUAGUUUAGAUACAAAAUAUCCUGCUCCAGAAAAAAGUCUUCAUGAAUAUUUACGUGAAAAUAUAAAAAUGCAACUACGGAAGUCAGAAGUUUCAGCUACGUCUCCCGAAAUAAAAAUUGUUGAUGCUAAUUCUCCAGAUAAAGAUAAGUCUGGUACCUCUUCAUUUAAAGAUGAUACAUUACAAAAUAUCGAGCCAAUGAAGGUUAUCUAUCCUGAAGAAAAUAUUCCCAACUCCUCUUUGGAUAAAUCGAAUUCCGAGCUUUCAAUGGGAGGAAUAGAAGCAAUUCCUGCUAUGGCAAGCGUUCUAGGUUCGCCAAAAAUUCCAUGGUUGAUGAUAACUUUAUUGAUUAUUAUUGUUAUAUUGGUUAGAUUUAUCCGACCUAUAUUGAAUGCAAAUAAAAAAAGUGGAACCGGGAUUAUUCGUCCACGUAUAGCUAAGAAUUUAUUACCUAUUGAAUCUAAAAAUUUUUAA